CCAUCUGCGCCGAAACCUUCCUGAUUCAACCGCAGAUGGUGCGGGCCAGCCAAGAGCUAACCAAUAGCACCAAGCGUUGUUAUCACACAGAGAGAAAAAAACCUGACAGUCGCCAUGAUGCUUGUUUGUUCCUUGUGAUACAGCAGCGGAAACGAGAAAGUAGAAACAAAAGAGAGCACACACUCGUCCUCGCGAUACAGAUUGGUAUGCGUUUGCAGUGUUACAGCAGGAAUGCCCAAGGAAAAAUAUGAACCGCCAGACCCCAGGCGGAUGUACACUAUCAUGUCAACUGAGGAGGCAGCCAAUGGAAAGAAGUCUUACUGGGCUGAGCUGGAAAUCACAGGUAAUGUCAGGAGCCUGAGCCCAUCUCUGUGGACUCUGACCCACCUCACUGCCCUACAUAUCGCUGACAACUGUCUGUCACGCAUCCCACCUGACAUUGCCAAACUACACAACCUGUUGUACCUGGAUCUGUCGUCCAAUAAGAUCAGGAGCCUGCCGGCAGAGCUCGGCCACAUGGUCUCUCUCAGGGAGCUGCUUUUAAAUAACAACCAAUUGCGGGUUCUGCCAUUCGAAUUGGGGAAACUGUUUCAGUUACAAACACUGGGGUUGAAAGGAAAUCCACUUGCACAAGAAAUCAUGAGCCUGUACCAGGAGCAUGAUGGCACGAGGAAACUGCUGAACUACCUGUUGGACAAUCUGGCAGGUUCAAUCAAAUGCACCCCCACAGAGCAGCCCCCGUCCCGGUCGUGGAUCGCACUCCAGGAGCCGGACCAGACGAGACCUUCUGCGUUGUUCUCAGUGAUGUGCUACAAUGUGCUGUGUGAUAAGUACGCCACGCGCCAGCUCUAUGGCUACUGCCCUUCCUGGGCCCUCAACUGGGAGUACAGGAAGAAGUCCAUCAUGCAGGAGAUCAUGAACUGCAACGCUGAUAUCAUCAACCUACAGGAAGUGGAGACGGAGCAGUACUACCAGUAUUUCCUGCCAGAGCUGAAGGAGCAGGGCUACGAGGGCUUCUUCAGCCCAAAGUCUCGAGCCAGAACCAUGCAUGAGUCAGACCGCAAACAUGUGGACGGGUGCGCAGUUUUCUACAGGACAGAAAAGUUCGGUGUGGUGCAGAAACACACGGUAGAGUUUAACCAGCUGGCCAUGGCUAACUCUGAAGGCUCUGAGGCCAUGCUCAACAGGGUUAUGACCAAGGACAACAUCGGAGUGGCCGUACUGCUAGAGGUCCGCAAGGAAAUGAUGGAGGAAUCCUCGGGGAAGUCUCUGCACGGCAUGGAGAAACAGCUCCUCUUGGUGGCUAACGCCCACAUGCACUGGGACCCGGAGUACUCUGACGUCAAGCUGGUCCAGACCAUGAUGUUCUUGUCUGAGGUGAAGAACAUUGUGGACAAGGCCACUCGCAGCCUCAAACUCUCCUCUGUCUCUGGGGAGACCAAUGGCAUCCCUCUUGUUCUCUGUGCCGACCUCAACUCUCUACCAGACUCUGGCGUGGUGGAGUACCUGAGUCAGGGUGGAGUGGACUGCACCCACAAGGACUUCAAGGAGCUUCGCUACCUUGACAGCCUCACCAACUUCAACUGCAAUGGCAAGAACGGCAACUCCACGUCCAACUCCAGGAUCACCCACGGCUUCAAGCUGAAGAGCGCCUACGAGGACAGCCUGAUGCCUUACACCAACUACACCUUUGACUUCAAGGGUGUGAUUGACUACAUCUUCUACUCCAAGCCUCAGAUCAAUGUGCUCGGCAUCCUGGGUCCCCUGGACUCCAACUGGCUCCAUGAGAACAAUAUCAGCGGCUGCCCGCACCCCCACAUCCCCUCUGACCACUUCUCCCUGUUCGCCCAGCUGGAGCUGUUGCUGCCCAGCACUCUGCCCCAGGGCCAGGCCAACAACCAGGUCAACGGCAUCCACCUGCCUGGAGGACGCAGGUAGUGGUGAGACAACCCCACUCCAAGGGUGCUGUAUGCUAUAGCAGUGUGCAGCCUCCGGCUCUUCUCUCGUUGUCACUUGGAGGAAAGAAGAUGAGACGGAAUACACAACCAACCUGUAACAUAAGAAUCAGCCGUACAGUGAGGUCUGGCCAACAGGGAUUUCUGUUAUAUAUUUUUUAUUUUCCUCAUUGUCGUUUUCCAUUUUGUUGUCAUUUAGAAAACGUCAAACCUGUCUUGUGUUUUGGAUACCCCCGGUCAUUCUUACACAAUGCUUUUCUAACUCCUUAACAGACAGAAAGGAUGCUAGCUUCAAUUAUAUCACCAUAUCCCCCCUGGCCCCCGUAUAGAUAUUUAGAUCUUUAGCAAUAUCACCUGACUCUUGUCGUCUUUGACAUGGCCUGUGCAGUCUUGAACAAUGGCACAAGAAAUACCUUGUAUCACUCGUUAUCUGUGGACACCCUUCACAAGGCAAGGGGAGAAAGGACACCACUUCUAAAGCUUGCAGCUGAUAGUCUGUCCUAUACCAAUCUCAAACCAGCAAAAAUGGCAGAAACAGACAUGUCUAAUGUCUCAGCCAAGGCUAAGAGUGGGCCUUGUCUUUUCUCUCCCCACUGAGAUCAAUGUGAUGGUAUAUCUAUCUACCAUAUAAGGCAUAACAUGGUGUGCCAUUCCUCCUUUCUGUGCUAUAGGGCCAAUCUUUCUGUGGGUCCAAAUUUGUGGUGCUCACCGGGUGCUUUGUGGUGCUCACCAGUCCACUACUAUUGAGUAAUAGAACCUAGUCAGUUGUCUCCCUCUCCGAGUGGUGCAAUUGGAACGCACCCCACUGGUGCAUGUAGACUGAUGUCACUGCUGAGAGGCAAUUCCAUGGUAACUCUGUGACACUGACUCCGAUUUGUAACUUUAAAAUGUAUGUCAAACAAAAACCAAUGAUUGCAAAGUUAAACAAACAUACAACUCUAUGCACAAGGACUACUUUUUAACCAUUUCCACUGAAUUUGACAACGCAUUAAAUUGGAUCAGUGCAGGUGCAGAGUUUGGUAACAGAAUGACAGUUUGUGCCAUCGUUCUGUUACCAACUUUUCAUCUGCACUGUUCAUCAAGUAAAUGUUUUUGUUCAGUCUUCUGUGGGAAUUGUUUGAAAGUAGUCCUUGUGCAUAGAGAGGGUUUGUUUGACAAAUGUUUUUAAAGUGAAAAAUCUGUGUCUCUGUUCCUGUGGAAUUGCCUCAGUGUUUUUAGAUGUUGAUGAUUAUUAUCCUUUUAGGAAAGGAUGACCGCAACCACCAAAUACACUUGUCUGGACCUGUUGUAUGGAAGCAAGUAAGCUCUAGUUAGCGAAGGCUUGUUGGCUUGCCGGUCAGGCAUAGUGCUAAAAAAAAAUGUAUCUGUUUCCUCUGGAUUGGAACAGAUUUGAAUGAUUUUAAGUAGUUGAAUAACAUGUAAUUAGUGGCCAGCUCCCAUCCCCCUUUGCACACUGUUUUUCCUCUGCAUGUGUACGUGACAGAGUCAUUGUUAAUAUGACUUCAUUUGGACCAGGGAUGUGCAACUCCAGUCCUUGGGUGCCGGAGUGGUGUCUCACUUUUUCACCAGCUCUAGCCAACACAGCUGAUUUUAAACUAAUUUUGUUUUAAACUAUCACGACUAGUUGAUUAUAGGAGUUGGGUGCGUUAGCUGGGGCAAAAUUGUGACUGCAAUCAGGCCCCCCGAGGACUGGAGUUGCCCAUUCCUGAUUUGAACCAUAUACCACCUUUUGUAAUGGGGUAGGGGAUUUUGGCUGAGGGGCAAUGCAACAGAGGAAAUUCUCAACUAAACAUUUUUCAGAUUUGUUACUUUUUAAAGAGGGAGGGAAAUAGCUGAUGUACAUGAGUUUAAACCAGCAAUCCUCUCACUGUCACACACAUGGACAUACGCAGAGAUCUUGUAGCACUGUCUCUUGAGGCCAGUAGUGAUUUAUUUUUAUUUUUUUCCCUCAGCCAUAAAUUCCGUACUCUACAGCAGUGGGUUUUUUUUCACAAUUGUUUGUACAGAAUAUAAAUCUAGAUUGUCUUUACACGAUUGUAUAUGAGUCACAAAAGACCUGUUUUCUGGCAGGGUUUUUUUUGUACUAUGAGUAAAUUAUGAUCCAAUUUGAAGAAGAAAAAAAAAAGACAGGAUUGUAUUGUAAACUAUGGCAAUUUUCUUUUUUUUAAUCCAGUAAAUGUUAAGAUGAAAUUGAAAUGACCAGCUUGUACAAAAGACGUAAGGGGUUGUUCCAGGCGUUCGCUGCCACUACUUUGCACUCCUGCCCUAGUUGAACUGUUUCUAUGCGUCUGUAUUGCUUGUUUUCCUGUUAUGAUUUGAGAACGUGUUUCUCAGAUUGUAAAUAGAUCUACUGACUAAAUGAUGAUGCAUCUUCAAAUCCAUUCUAUUAACAAGCCAGCCUGCCACCAACCGACCCAUUCAUCCACUCACAGUUCAGACAAAAGUAAGGUUAGGUCUCCAAGAACACCCUAUUCACUAUAGUGCACAAAUUUUGGCCAGUCCCGUGUAGCUCUGUUCAAAAGUGCACUAUAUAGGAAAUAGGUUGUCAUUUCAGAUUGACCCUAAGAGUGAUUUAUUUUUUGCAUCACGCACAUCCAGUAUCCCACAAUUGGCGUUGUACAACCGGGAACGUUGUACCUCACCGUAGCCGUUUUGUUGUCUUGCACUACUUCUAAUCGGCCAACUCCGGAACAACCUCUUCUCCCAUUUUAUUUUUUAAAUACUGUCCAGACAUUUGAUGUCCUUUGGGGUUUUUGUUAUCGUUUUGUAUUUUCUUUCUUUCUUUUUGUAUGAGCUGUGACAAUGUUAUGUGUAUAUACUCCUUGUUGAGCCAUCUAGUAAUCCGGUAUGGAAUAUUUGUCAAGCUUUAGUUUUUUUUCACUGGGGCAAAGUGAAGACCUCUUCUGGAACCCCCUUACUUCCAGAAUGUUUUGCACCCUCUGUGUACUUUAGGUCAGCUCUUAGAACCCCUUGAUAGUCCCUUGUCACCUAGCCUGUCUUGCCCCUCCGCCUCUGAAUCUAGAAAAGCAUGUUCCCCUAUACCUAGCCCUAUGUCCAACCCCCUAGACACUUAACAGUCAAGUGUAUUACUUUAGUCCUUUUAGCCCCGCUACUGAAGCGUGGUUCCAUCUCCUCUGCCGUACCAUCUGUGAGGAAGUGACCCGUCUCCCCAUCUGUCAGGUGGCCCAGACAGACACACUCGCUCUCUCUCCGUUUUGUUACCAUCGGGACUGAAAUAUGUCUGUGACUGACUAUAUAUAUUGCAACUGUCACAUUUUAAACAGGAAAUGGAAUGAUCACGCCCCCCCCCCCCUCCUUUCCCACAUUUAUUAUUGAAUAAAUUAAAGUCACCUUUUUAAAGUAAAUAUGAUUCUUUCGCCACUGUGCUAAAGUUUGAAUUUUAUGUAUUUUUACAGAGGGGAAAGGUUGAAAUGGGAAAUAUAACUUUAGUCCUAGUUCAAAAGCUUUUUUUCUGUCCUUACCCCCCCCUUUAUAUAUUUUAUUUGUUUUGAACAGAAGCAAAUGUCCAGUUUGAUACCCCUGAAUUGCUGGUAGUAUUGUAGUAGAUUUAAAGACUUAGCUUUUUUUGUAAAGUGUGAAUAAAAGAUGUAUCUCUUGUUUCCUUCCUAAAACUUUGAAUUGUGUUGUGUAUAUCCUAUGAUUGCUACACUUUAAUUUUGACCCAUUGCUUUUCCAUACCUUACCCCACCUCUCCAUCGACCAAAUGAUUAUCUUUUUGUUGGGUAGAAAUGAUAGUCAUCAUUAAAACAUUAACUUGUCCAACUUUGGGUCGCUGUAAAAAAUGGACGCAGAAUGCUUAUCGACUCAAGAUUCCUAAGCGGAGUAUUUGAACUCCAAACGUGAAUAUUUACACUAUCUGUAUUUGGGAUGUCACUUAGGCUAGCAGAUGUAUACUAUUGUCUUAGGCCAGGAUAGCCUUGUCUUAUUAGCCAAUUUCAGUUCUAGACAGCACUAUUGUUGACUGGUGUGAAACCAACAUGAAUGUAAAACGAAGCAAAAACUUAUUUCUACUACAAAGCAGGAUCAAUGAGUUAGCCAGUUAACUUGGAUUAACAACCAGAAAUAACUAGAUUUUCUGGUUCAUUUAAAGAUGCAAUCAAACUUUGGUGUAAUUUCACCAAGUAGUUUUGAGUGGUUCUCACGAUCCAAAAGUGGCCCCAGUUUCGUGUACUUAAGUCAUCCAUUUCAUAUUUUGCAGUUUGUGGUAUGUAACGAAUCCAGUUCAUACCAUGUUAUGAAUUUGUGCUUAAGAUCCUGGCGUGCAUCUUUUAAGGAGACAACUUCGACAUUUGUUUUUGGUUGAGUCAAUGAGACCAUGCCCAUUUCAAGCCUAUCGGUCUUUAAAAAAUGUUUAUUUCAGAAAAUGUAGGCAAGUUAGCUGGCUAACUCAUUGAUGCUGAGAGGUAUACUACAAAAGAGUAGCUUGAAAUGAGAAGGACCUACUUGACUCAACAACCAAAAAUACAAGUCCAUUCUUAAUGAACCAGAAAAUGUGUGGUUAUUUCUGGUUGAUCAUCAAAGUUAGCCAGCUAACUCAUUAACUCUGCAUUGUAGUAUACCCCUCUGCUUUGUAGUCUGGUCCUGUGGUGAUUUGAGUACUAUUUGGUCCUUGCCACUGUUCUUGUGCUUCAUAGUAGCUAAACGGAGUAGCUGGUCCCCUCCUGGCCCUCACUUUGAACCCCCCCAAUCUAUGCUUGGAUCAAGGAGGGAGAAUCGCACUGCUUGACGUGUCACCAUUCACUUCAGUUAGUUAGUGAUCCCUGUUGAACUCUGUUUACUUUUUCACUUUUGCAUUGUGCUUCUGUUUUCUCCGUUGUAUAGGACUUGCUCUGACUGCGCUCCCUGUCGAGGUGCACACUGAAGCUGCUUUCUGUGUCCAAGUGUAGAGCACCCUCUAACCUUAACACGUGUCAAACUCAUUCCGACUGCUGGUUUUUGCUCUUCCCUUGUAAGUGAUUAAAUUAAGGUCCCUAAAUGGUAAGGAUCUCUCCUCACCUGGUUGUCUAGGUCUUAAUGGAAAGGGAAAAAACAGCAGACACUAGGCCCUUUGUGUGAAUGAUUUGACGCCCCUGUUCUAUACAGUACAUACACAUCCAAAGACCACUGUCAUGACUUGGCUCUUUUGCCUUUUCCAACAGCCUUUUAUACAUUUUGUUUUUACAACCAUAACAGUAAUUUGUCUGUCAAAAAGGAUGUUGGCUUGCAACAGUGCGUCUUAUUUCAGACUGGUCAUUUCCAUUCCCCAGAAACUUGGCAGUAUUACCCUCAGUCAUUAAGAAAAUGUUUUUGAAAAUAUUUUUUGGGGGAAGCUAACUUAUCCACUUUUUUUUUUUUUCAGACACCCAUUUUUCCACUGCUUUACCCGUAAGACGUGCAAUUACAGCAGAUUCCACCUCCACUAACAAUCACCCCAUUCACUCAUCUCUCUCUCCUGCCUCCAUGUCUCCAUCUUGUACAGGCCUCACCCUCCUCCCUGCUGAUAGUGAUAGACAAUCCUGAUCAUCAAACGAUAUGCUGAGUACAUGCUAUAUUGAUGUGUCACUGUAUUGUACAUACACAGGACCAACUACUUGUUUACCAUUCACGGAAUACCAGCAAAAACACUUGCACAACAUUCAAAGAAUGUUAAUCAACAGAGAAUAAAAUGAAGGCAGCUGUUUUUAAAAUGAUACAAACUGUUAAACUGAAUGGUAAACAAGGCAUUUUCAGUUUUCUUCUUAAGCCGUCUUCGUGGUUUUUGUCUUUGGACUAGUUUUCUGUUUAUAACACCCUUUGGCUUGUUUUCUUUAGUCCUACCUAUCUAUUUUCCUACUUCUGGGUUGACAAUAAAUUCUAUAUCUGUUUCAA